GUGAUUGAUUGAUGGGCCACAAAAAAAAAAAAAAAAAAGAAGCCCACACGAAUGUGGUGUAACUGGCUUCAAGACAAGCUGUCAUUGAAAAUCAAGAGUAAUUUAUAGGGUAAAAUUUAAUUAUCGAGAGAUCUGUUCAAGUUUAAGGAAAUUCUGAACAUGCAUGUAAGUCAACGUAAAGAUUACCACAGACCUGAAAGGAUUAAUCUCAAGAUUAAUUUCCAUGCGGAUGCUAAACUGAAAGAGUCUGAGUCAUAUGAGGGAGAUGUUAAUGGCAAACAUUCCAUGUCAAAGUCUCCAGGAAAUGAAACCAAGAGAAAGUGGCAUGAGAAAGUCAACAAGUGGCAAUUCAAAAAAGACAAACAAGACAAAUUGAGAGAAAAGCAUGAACCUUACACUUCAGAAGCAGAAUACAAAACAACCUUUGGGAGACCAGCCAUACCACAUGACCCCCUAGACAAUGGAAGAAAAGAAUUGGGUAGACGUUCUCAAAUACUAACACCACCCAAUAGGAAUGUAGAAAAUGAGAUGGAUACACGAUCUCUCAUGCUCACACCACCCAAUACAAACAGGCCAACAAAUCAAGAUAGAGAAUGGUUCAAUCUAUCAAAAUUUAAGAAAUCUGGUAUCAAGAAAGACUUACCUGAUCAACUAGUUACAGCCCAUUCACACAUACCGACAGUGGCAAACCAUUCAAACAGACUAGCAGUGCAAAGCCAUACACACGGACCGGCAAUGUCAAGCCAUUCACAUGGACCAGCAAUGUCAAGCCAUUCACAUGGACCUGCAAUGUCUAACCAUUCACACCGACCGGCAAUGUCAAGAUAUUCACAUGGACCGGCAAUGGCAAGCCAUUCACAUGGACCAGCAAUGGCAAGCCAUUUAAACAGAGCAAAAAUUCAUAACAGACCAACAAUUCCAAUCCAUUCAAACAGACCAACAAUUCCAAUCCAUUCAAACAGACCAACAAUUCCAAUUCAUUCAAACAGACCAAUAAUUCCAAUCCAUUCAAACAGCCUUGCAAUGGCAAGCCAUUCACACUCACCAGCAAUAGAAAGCCAUUCAAACAUACCAGAAAUGGCAAGCCAUUCACAUCUUUAUCAAAAGGAAAGCAAUUCAAAUAGACCACAAAUGGCAAGCCAUUCACAUCUAUAUCCAAUGGAAAGCCAUUUAAACAGACCAGAAAUGGCAAGCCAUUCACAUCUAUAUUCAAAUGAAAGCCAUUCAAACAGACCAGAAAUGGCAAGCCAUUCAUAUCUAUAUCCAAUGGAAAGCCAUUCAAACAGACCAGAAAUGGCAAGCCAAUCAAACAGACCUGUAAUUUCAAUCAAAUCAAACACACCCACAGUGACAAGCUAUUCACGUCUACCAUCAAAGGCAAGCGGUUCAAACAGACCAACAAUUUCAGUCCAUUUAAACACACCGGUAGUGACAAGCCAUUUGAAUAGGCCGACAAUGGCAAGCCAUUCAAACAGACAAGAUUUUUCUAGCCAUUCAAACAGACCUGAUUUUGCAAGCAAUUCAAACAGACCCCUAAUGGCAAACCAUUCAAACAAACUUCCAACGGGAAGCCAUUCAAACAGACCAAUUCGUUCCCAUCUUUAAAAACCUCCAUGGGGCAUAUAGUGCACAGCAUUUUUCAGAAAUACAAUUUCGCUGGUGUUUAUGCCUAGAGGGUCUUUUCUAUCUUAAAGUAGUGUCAUAUACCAUCUCUCUUGUAGUGUACUGACGAUGAGUUAAUUAACCAAUUUUCUCUUUUUAUUGUAUCAUUCUUGUACUUAUAUCAUACUCACGGUGUAGCAGAAAUAGUGUUUAUAUAACUAGAAUACCAGCAAGAUUAUUUUUUUGUAGUAAUGACUAACUAAACCAAAAAAGACCUGACACCUUGUAACAAAUUAGACAUUAAUUUAUUAGUUGGAUAAAUUCUUAAAACAUGACACCAAUAUAAGAAUCAGUUACAAUAAUUGUAAUGUUAAUAUUAGCUACUUCUUAAUAUGAUUAUGGUAGCACUAGCACGGCUCAUAUAGACAACUUUCAAGUUAAUCAUUUCUAUUGAAGUUUUCUGGUUCAUUUUCGACUUUGAUCAUGUAUUACCAAAAAUUUUUGGAGCUAGCUCAAUUCAGGUUUAGAUUGCAUGAAUUUUAGUUAACGAAGCACUUUGAAAAUAUAACUGAGCUGAUAUUGGUAGAAAUAGUUAUAAUUAAGGUUUAAUUAAAUGAAUACCAGGGGUUGACCAGACAUGUAAGACUUUUAGAGAGUUAAAAGAUGUUGGGAAAUAUGUCCUCGGAUUUAAAACAAUUUCAUUGUUAUGGCUAUACAAAUCUUACAUGCAAACAAAUAACUGACGAUUGGACUAUUCCUAUAAAUGGCAUCACUAAUAUAACCAUAACAACACCUAUUUGACAUGAAUCUUUAGAACUAGACAAUGUAUUUAAUCUCAAGAAAAUGGAUAAGAUGUUACAGUAAUGGGAUGAUAAUUUAGGAGUUUGAAGCAGACACACUUGAGUCUUUGAGGGAAAGACAAGGACUCAUUGGCUAUGAUGGAUUAAGGGUCAUUGGAACCAGUAGAUUUAUUUGGCAGACAUUGAAAUUUAAAUAUUUAUGGAAAUAAAAAAAAAUGUCGUGGGAACUUAUUGAUUGAUGAGAUGUACUAUAUACACUUAAGCUAGAUGAUGAAGAGGACAAAUUAAAGUCAGUUAAUUGAUGAUGGGAAAGAUGCUGAGGAAAAUCAAAUACAUCUAAAAUGCUAAACCCAGUAAGUAGAUACCAAUAGUUUAACAUAGGCAGUGCAAAGAAUGAAUAUAUUGAUGCUGAGGCAAAUCAAAUACAUGUACAAUGCUGAUCACAGUCAGUGGACACCAAUAGUUGAACACAAGUAUUGCAAAGAUUGAAAAUGCACAGGUACUGAAGAAAAGUUUCAGGAUUUUGAAAAACAAACUAUGAAGGAGCAAAUCUUUUCAAUGUUUGUUUGAUUUCCAGAAAAGCAGCAUUUGGAUCUACAUAGUAUGCCGGUUGUUGGACUCAGAUUCAACUUUCUUUUGAUAGAUAUAACAAGAUGUGGUAUGAGUGCCAAUGAGACAACUCUCCAUCCAAGUCAAAAUUUAUAAAAGUGAACCAUUAUAGGUCACAGUACGGUCUUCAACACGGAGCCUUGGCUCACAACGAACAGUAAGCUAUAAAGGGCCCCAAAAAAAUUGUUUUCUUACACAUGAAUAUAAUUUUCUAAAAACUCAGUGUCAAUCAACUGUGAAGGAUAUGUCGCUGUUUAUUCCAAGUGGAGCUUCAUGGUAUGGUAGAUUUGAAACAAAUCAUUUGACUUAUGAAAACUAUUUUGUAGAGAUCAUAACUUGAAAUGUUUUAUACAGUGUAUCAUCCGAAUCGUGUGAUCAAGAGAUGUUGACACCAUCUAUUCUUCUUUACAGCUGGACAAUAACCCGUUCACCAUAUUCAUCAGACAUUGCCGAAAAUCUUGACGAGUUAACAGUACACACUUCUACUAUUUUUAUCAAAACAUGAUCUUUUCAAACAAUUUCAAAGCAGAUAUAAAAACGACUGUUUGGCCGCAUUAAGAGAAUUUCACAAGAAAACCUGAACAAACAAUCAAAAUAUCAAAGUGGGCGAUAGUGUCUAGUUUCACGAUGAAUCACUGAUGAUAACAUGGGAAAUUGGUGUCGUAGAACUUUUUUUAUGGAAAAGAAAAGAUGUAAGAGAUCAUUGAAAUUUGGAAUAAAGAAUGGAUUAAUGAGUAGUCUUAUUUGAAAACUUUAUCAGUUGAAGGUUUCGAAUUCUACAAUGCCAACAUAUGAAAGAAGAGCGUAAAUCAAAAUCUCCAGCCAAACUCAAGAUUCUUAAAUGGACUGCGUAGUAUGUCAUUAAAAUAAACAUUGCAAAUAGUG